AUGGCGCCUCUCGAGACGAAUGACUACAACACCAAUCUACUACAGGAGGCGGACGAGAGCUUGGAUCCUUUUGGCGACGACGACUCUUUGUUCCUGGACAUAGGCGAGGAGUCUGUCGGGCGGGCAGCCACGUUGCGGAGGAGGAAUACCCAGCACGAAUCGCACGUGGACGACGACGACUUCACGCCGCGCCUCAACUAUACCAAGACCAUCAAGCGCGCCAAGCUUGUGCGUGGAAACUACGUGAUCGACGCCCCAGUGCCGAAAGCACUUCUUGACACGUAUGCACGGCCGGUUGGGCAGAGCGACGAGACGUCGUUUGUGCGGUACUCGGGUGUCACGUGCGGCCCGCUGAACUUCGUGGGCUUCAACUAUGCCCUUCGGCAGAACAUGUACUCACCGCCCCGAGAGACGGAGAUCAUGGUGUGCAUCACCAUGUACAACGAGGACGAGGUUCUUCUUGGACGCACGCUUCAGGGUGUAUUUGAGAAUCUCGAGAACCUCACGCGGCGGACGGAUUCCGUUUGGGGUGACGGGCUGUGGAAGAAAGUCACCGUGGUGAUUGUCAACGACGGCCGGCUCCAGCUCAACGAGCGCACGCAGAAGCUUCUCAGCGCACUAGGCGUAUUCCAGGAAGGGUACGCGAAGUCCAAGGUCAACAACCGGACCGUCAAGGCGCAUCUCUACGAGUACACGAGCACUGUGGGCGUGGAGCGAGUCUCGAGCGACCGGGUGUAUCUCAACGUGAGUCAGACGCCCGUGCAAUUGAUGUUCUGUCUCAAAGAAAAGAACGCACGCAAGAUCAAUUCGCACCGGUGGUGUUUCCAGGCGUUUGCGCCGUUGUUGAACCCCAAGGUGAUUAUGCUCUUGGACUGCGGCACUCGGCCGGGCAAGGACGCGUUCUACCACUUGUGGAGCACGUUCAAAGACCCGCACGUGGCCGGCGCUUGUGGCGAAAUGCGGGUGGCGCUCGGGCCCAACAAGAAGCUUCUUCUGAAUCCGCUUGUUGCGGCGCAGAACUUCGAGUACAAGAUCGCCAGUGUUUUGGACAAGCCGAUGGAGUCUGUGUUUGGGUUUAUCUCCGUGCUCCCGGGCGCCUUUUCGGCGUACCGUUGGGACGCGUUGCUCAAUGUGGACGGCCAUGGUCCGCUCGAAAAGUACUUCAAGGGUGAGUUCUUGCACCAGACCGCGAAAAUCGACGACGAGGACGACGACGAGGCCGAGCUCAAGGAGCGCAACUUUCUGGAGUCCGGUAUCUUCACCUCCAACAUGUAUCUUGCCGAGGACCGGAUCUUGUGUUUCGAGCUCGUGGCGAAAAAGAACAAGAAUUAUGUGUUGCGGUACGUGAGCAGUGCCACUGCCGAGACCGACGUCCCAGAAAAGGUGGAUGACUUUGUUUUGCAGCGGCGGCGGUGGCUCAACGGCUCGUUGUUUGCGGCCAUGUACUCGGUGUUCCACUGGACGCAAAUCUGGCGGUCCAACCACUCGCUCCUCCGCAAGCUCUGGCUCCAGCUCGAGUUUUAUUAUCACUUGGUCACGGUGUUGGUGUCGUGGUUUUCGCUCGCGUCGUUUUUCCUCGUGUUCCGUAUCUUGACCAAAAACUUGGGCUCGUCCGAGGUGGGCUUCAGCAUGGGCAAGUACAUUUCCGAGGCCUUCCUCUGGAUAUACGUGGGCUGCAUUGUGUGCACGUUUGUGUUGGCUUUCGGCAACACUCCGAGAGGCACCAAGAAGCUAUACAUCACGAUCACGGUGGUGUUUGCCGUGUUGAUGGCCUACUUGUUGUUCGGUGCGGUCUACUUGGCCGUGAAUACCGUCAAGCUUGUCAUGAGUGAGACGGACAACAAUUUCAAUGUGGGUAUGCUAUUCACCAACCAGAAGCUCCGGGAUCUUGUUGUUUCCGUCGUCAGCACGUACAUUCUCUACGCGAUCGGUGCAGUGAUCCAUGGAGAGCCAUCGUUCAUGGUGACUUCAUUUUUCCAGUACCUCUUGCUUUCGCCGUCAUACGUCAACGUAUUGAAUAUCUAUUCGUUCUGCAACAUCCACGAUGUUUCGUGGGGAAACAGAGACUCUCCCCAGGCCAAGGACUUGGGCACGGCCAAGGUCACUGAUGUGGAUGGUGAGUUGGUCAUGACCGUUGUCCCGGGAUCUCCUGAGGAAUUGGAGCAGAGCUACAUGAAGACGUUGGAUGAUUUGAAGGUGGCGCCUGUGGCGCCCGUGGUUGCGAAGAACAAAAAGGAACAGGACGACUCAUACUACGCGUUCAUCCGAACCAUCACGGUGUUGGUCUGGAUGUUGACGAAUGCCAUUUUGGUGGGGGUUGUUUUGGCCGCGGGCGGCGACCUGAACGAUAUUUGGAACGACUCGCGCAAUUCCACCGUGUUUCUCACGGUGAUUUUAUGGGUUGUGUGUGCGUUGGCUGGGUUCCGGCUAGUGGGCAGUGUUUUGUACGUGUUGCUGAAGAUAGGACGUCCCAUCCGCUGGUGGAUCCAGAAGAGAAAGACCGUGGAUUGA